UGUAUGGCUUCACUGUUUUGUUCACCAUGAGAUGCAGAACAACAAGAACAAAGGCCUUGUUCUCAUGGAAUCACUCAAGAUUUCAAUCAUUUAGUGUAUAUAAUUCACAAAGCACAAGCCGGAGUCUCACUUUGGUUAAUAGAUUGAUCAGUGAAUGCUCUAAAAAUGGUGACUUAGUAUGUGCACUGAAGCUGUUCGACGAAAUGCCUGAACGAGAUGUGGUCUCCUGGAAUAGUAUAAUGGCUGCCCUUGUGCGAGUUGGUUGCCAUGCGGAAGCAAUCAGAGUCUUCUCGGAGAUGCGCCGGAGUUGUUUGAAACCAAGUUCCACUUCUCUGUCCACUGUUCUGUUCUCAUGUGCUAAGCUGAGAGGGUUGUGGGAAGGCAAGCAGAUUCAUUGCCUCUCGGUAAAAAUGUGUUCUUUCACCAAUGUGUUUGUGGGUACUUCAUUGAUUACAAUGUAUUCAAAAUCUGGUGUGUUUGAUUGUCUGGUUCAUGUUUUUGAUGGUAUAGAUUAUCCGAAUAUGGUGUCUUGGAAUGCAUUGCUCUCAGGCUUUGUUUUAAACAGGAGGCUGAGCAGUGCUCGUGAGGUUUUUGAGAGAAUGCCGAACAGAAAUGUAGUCUCUUGGACUGCAAUGGUUAGUGGUUAUAUUGAGGUUAAGAAAGUUGGGAAUGCGUUUGAGAUGUUCAAAUUGAUGCCAUUUAAGAAUUCUGUGUCCUGGUCUGUGAUGAUAGGAGGUUUUGUUUCCGAUGAUCGAUUCAAAGAAGCAAUUCAGCUUCACACUGAAAUGAUGAAUUCUGGAGUAAGACCCACCGUGGAAAGUGUUGUAAAGGUAAUUGGAGCUUGUUCUGGAUUUGGAAAUCCCAAACAAGGAAGAAAAAUUCAUUGCCAAGUGAUAAAAUUGGGAUUUGUUGCUAAUCAAAUUGUCGAGGCUUCACUCGUAUCGAUGUACUGUGAUUGCUUAGAAAUUGAAAAGGCGAAGCUAGAAUUUAGCAAGAUGGAGUUCAAGUUUAGAGGAUCGUGGAACUCACUGAUAUGCGGUUAUAUUGAUAAUAACAAGAUUGAUGAAGCUCGGAAACUGUUUGAUUGCAUGAAUGAGAGAGACCAUGUCUCGUGGAAUUCAAUGGUUUGUGGUUAUGCAAGAGUUGAUAGAAUUGAUGAUGCUCUUGAUUUGUUCUCUAAAAUGCCUGAACCUACAAUUGAGGCAAUUACUGCUUUGAUGUCGGGUUACAUAAAGAAUGGCCAGAUAGAGAAUGCGCAGAAACUGUUCGAUUUGAUCCCUCAACUAGAUGUAGAUGUCAUUGCAAACACAACUCUGAUACAUGGUUAUAUGGAGAAAGGAAUGCUAGAUAAAGCAUGGGAACAUUUCAACAAGAUGCGCGAACAGAAUGUUGUUACCGUUAACGUUAUGAUAUCUGGUUUGUUGCAACAUGGAAAGGUUGCUGAAGCUUAUUCACUAUUCAACAAAUCUCCUCAGAAGGAUGAUGUAUCCUGGAAUGUUUUAGUGAUUGGUUUUGUGGAGCAUGGACUCUAUGUUGAGGCCUUUCAACUAUAUCGGGAGAUGAUAUUGUCGGCAAUGUUUCCAACCGAACCGAUAAUAACAAGUCUGCUCAGAGCAUCUGCAAAGUUAUCGUUGCUUACGGCAAGCCAAGAAAUCCAUGUUGUGGCUAUCAAACUUGGGCAUGAUACGAGCAUUGUGGUUGGUAAUUUGUUAAUUGAUGCAUAUGGUAAAUGCGGUGAAAUAUCAAUGGCGAAAUCUAUCUUUAGCGAGAUGGAUGAGUGUGACACAGUGACAUGGAAUGUUAUGAUUUAUAGCUUCGCAUGCAACGGCUAUGGCAAGAAUGCUAUUGAGUUGUUUGAGAAGAUGAGAUGCUCUAACAGUAAGCCUGAUGAUGUUACAUUUCUAUGUUUGUUGUCUGCUUGUACUCAUGAUGGUCUUUCGAGAGAGGCUGAACAUUACUUCAAUUCUAUGAAAUGUGAUUUUGGGAUUGCACCAAGAUUAAACCAUUAUGCAUGUCUGAUUGAUCUUUUAUGCCGAAUGGGUAUGGUUGAAAAGGCAGAAAAAAUAAUUGAAACAAUGCCCUUUGCAGCUGAUUCAGUGAUAUGGACUUCUCUGCUUAGUGGGAGCAGAGUAAAUUGUAAUGUCGAUGUAGCUGAAGUUGCGGCUACUAAGCUAUUUGCAGAGGAUCCAACUGAUCGAAUGCCGUGUUUUCAUCUAAUGAGCAUUUAUGGAUCAGCUGGUAGAUGGGAUAAUGUAGAGAAUGUGAGAAAUCGUAUAAGUAGAUUUCGCUCGACCAAGCAAUCUGGAUGUAGUUGGAUUGAAACUUUGAGCUAGGCGUUCACCAACAAAUGUGUGAGAUCAUUGUCUUUACAAAUUAUUGAAAUUUGUAUGAUAAUUUAUUCAUAUACAUCAGGAACGAGAACAGGCGUUCAACUCAUUCUAAGGAAAUCGUAGAUUGAGAAGAUUGGGGAGGUCCCUUUACCAGGUGAAAGGAUUGAAUUUUCUUUAUGAUUGUGUGUCAUGCACUAUAUAUAUAUAUAUAUAUAUAUGUGCUUUAUAUCCUACAUGCUUAGUUUAUACAUUUUCUUGGUUAAUACACUUCGGGGUGGGGUGGCCCAAAUGGUGCAUGAUAUCAUUGAUAUGUCAAACUUGCACAGCACCCUACUAAUGCAUACUAUAUCAAAUUUAUCCUUUAAUCUGCAUGAGAAGGUUUAGACACUCAAAUUCCAUGCAUUCAUUCAAGUUCAUAAAUUAUACAGUGAUUUGACAUGAUGGAAACGGUUUAAAUUUUCCUCACUCAAUAAUAUUGGUAUAAUAGUUUUCUU